UUGAGAUGUUGAUCCAUGCUAACUGAAAGUGUCAACAUUGUACUCUUGUAUUUGUGAGUCCUCUUGGAUGUGUGAUAUUGGCAUUGCGAUGUUAAAUGGUUGUUUUAUUUCAAACCUGAUUCCACUGUUUGCUGGCUCACUGAUUUAUACUAGCGUUAUUUUAUAGAAAAAUCCACAGUGGCAACCAGUUAUUUGCUUUAUCAGAAUACAAUUAAACAGCAAUACCUUGUGAUCAGAUUUAUGUGGAAGGUUAGACAUUUCUUAAAAAUGUAGUAAUAAAAUAAGUAAUACAUCAAAGAGAUUUUCUCUGCAACUAACUUUAAGCUAAUUUGCAAACUAUGGUUGUUUACAAACGUGUUAAAUACGAUUUAGAAAUAUGCGUCAUGGAUGGUGUUCUUGAUUUAGAGCAACAGAUGAACUGAAAGCCAUACGACAAACUACUGAACUAUCACAAGCCAUAACGGUCUCACACAGUAAUCCUCACUGUUUUUAAAACGCAGAGCUGUGCUUAGUAUCGACGAGAAUCCUGUGCUUCUGUUGUCUUCGUGCCACUCAGACACUUUGUGGUUUGCGUUACUGUGAGAGGAACAAAAAAUGUGUAGGCUUUGUCUAAAGCGAAACUACAUGGAGGAGGAGGAGGAGACAGACAUUUUGCCUGUCAGAGACUGAAAAGAGGAGCAUCAGGCCAACAACAGACAACUGUGGCUGUGAACAGACAUAUAAGUGCUUCCUAAAUCAAAGCCAGAAAGAGGUCGUCCUGCUGUGACACAAGAAGAGACAAAGACGGAGGCAUGAGUGGAAGCACUGAAGCCACUGAUCAAACUGAUUAUUGAUUGUUACUAAAACUGUGCUUUACCCACCUGGAAGACACAGACUCAGCUCCCGUCGGAGGGGAAAACAGACAGUAACCUCCUCUAAACCAAGAAGGGAGAGCGGGCAGUAGCCAGUAGAGAGACGGAGAGCAGGGGGAAGUUCCCUUUCUCCCUCUCGACCCAGCUCGUCGUCAGGCUGGCUGGCACAGCCAUGGCGUUCACCUUUGCGGCCUUCUGCUACAUGCUCACCUUGGUGCUGUGCGCUGCCCUCAUCUUCUUCGUCAUUUGGCAGAUCAUUGCAUUUGAUGAGCUUCGCACAGACUUCAAAAACCCCAUUGAUCAGAGCAAUCCCACCAGAGCGAGGGAAAGGAUUCUCAACAUUGAGAGAAUCUGCAACCUGCUUCGCAGAUUGGUGGUACCGGAGUACUCCAUCCACGGACUCUUCUGCCUGAUGUUCAUGUGUGCCGGAGAGUGGGUCACGCUUGGCCUAAAUAUCCCGCUGCUCUUCUACCAUCUGUGGAGGUUUUUCCAUCGGCCGGCUGACGGGUCAGAGGUCAUGUACGAUCCUGUCAGUGUGAUGAACGCUGACAUUCUUAAUUAUUGUCAGAAGGAGUCCUGGUGCAAGCUGGGCUUUUAUCUGCUCUCUUUCUUCUAUUAUCUCUACAGUAUGGUCUACGCCUUGGUGAGCUUCUAACAGACAGGAGAUUGGGAGGAAUAAAACGAAGACAAUAUAAGAAAGACACAGAGGAACAAGUGUAUCCCUCCCAUCACUGGCUUGGGUUUUCAACAGUCUAAACUUGGACAAAACAAGAAGACCAAUCUGAAUGAUAAUGUGAAUGUAAGUGUUGCCUCCGCUCGAUUAUAUCGAUUAUAUCGCUUUAUCCCAGGUACUGCUGUCGGAAGGCUGGACACGUUUUUGAAGGAUUGAGAUGACAGAGAAAAGUGCAGUAGGUGUUUGUGUUGCCUUUGACCCAUCAUACAAAAUAACAAUAUGUUUCUGAAGGGCUGGAAUUAUUCCCAUGCUGCUCUUACUGAUCCAGUCGCUCAACUCACUGUGAAUCUCCAAACGCUUCGGGGCUGGAAAACAGAAUAAUACAUCUGUAUUAUUUAACUUUGAAAAUGUGCUAAAAAAAAAAAAAAAAAGAUUGUUUUGGUAUCAUCAUAUAUAUUCAAGAUGGCUGACAACUGAUGACUGCUUUGAUUGUGUUACAGGUUCAUAAAACUCCAAGAAACAGCUUAGUUUGUACAGAAGAACUUUAAAACAGUGUAAAGGACACAGAAGACCUGGCAGGGAAAUAAUAGAUUGUGUGCACACACACUUUUAAUCACAGUGUUGAUAAAGGAUAGACCAACACAACAUCUCCUUGACGCCAGCCUCUGCCAAAAGUCAAAUUUAACAAAAACAACAAGGAAUUAAUCAAAGGUUUGAUUUCAAGGGUCAGCGCUCAUAAUGUACAUUCAAAAUAAGUAUGUCCAUAGCUGUAAGGAGGUAUUUUAUGCUACAUGCUAAAUUCAUGCUUUCCAAAGAGCAUCAUGCUCAGACCUACGUAUAAUGCCAAAAGUUUAUAUCUAAAAAACAUUGUGCCAAAUUAAGACAUCAGUUAAGAAAGGUGAAAGGAAAGACGACUGGGUUUGCAGUAUUUUCAUCUACAUCUGCUAAGGCAUUGCAAGGCUAUGUCUUCACUUUCUUUGACACACAUUUGAUUUUGGCACAAUGUUUUUUUUUUCUAGAAAAAAAACGAAAAAAAAACGUAGUUCUGUUGUAUUUUUUAGUGUGCAGGGAGCGCCUUAUUCCUAUUUCCAGUGAAGUUUACUUCUUACUCAUCUGCAUCUAUACUAUAGUCAUUUUAGCACAGCAAUUUUUCUUUGACUGGAGAUAGAAUAUAGACAUGCCAUGUACAAAAAGCAAUUAAAAACAGCCAACUAGCAAUGUGAUAUGAUUCAUGAGACAUACUAAUGCAGUGUUAUUCAGUGUAUGUAAUAACUGUGAGUGGGACACGAGUGACAGAUGAGACAAUAAUGACUCUAUGACAAUGUUUCAGUUAUUUCAGAAGUGUAAAGACAGUGAAGUCAUCUCAAUACGUCUGCAAUCACAGACUUUCAGAAGGGACAGACGUAAGCCGUUAAGAUUUGUAAACAGCAAAGUCUUUCCUUGGCUGGUGCUGCCUUUGCUGUUAUGUGUUCAUUGGUUUGAUCUAUUUGUUGAUGAGCGGUGGUUGAAAUGUAAGAUUUGAACAAGAGUAGAAAAACAGAAACUCUCGAGCCUGAGAUCAAACUGUGAUGUUUGUCUUACGCCAGCUCCUCACGUAGUAAUUGGUGGCAAUGACGUCUGGUAUAUAAACUGUGGGACUCAGGAAAAACUGUCUUGAAUACUACAGGCUAUUGAAGUAGAUACUAACUGUGUUAAAAGAAAUACAACUAAAAUUCAUAUGUCAACAUGUAGUUGCACCACUGAUCCAUGUGAGCUACUGAUCAUCAGUCACGAUUUUCUUAAACAGGCAAAAUAACCUCUGCAAACUUAAAUACAGAACACAGAAAAGUAAAUAUUAUGGUAUUACUACACAUAUAAUGUGCAUUUUGUGUAUGCUGCUAUAUUCAUGCAAGGUAUAACUACAUUUUAAUUGUAAGCAUAUAACUUUUGCCAAUAUUAACUAAUUAGCAAUACCAUAGAAUACGGCUGGUGUAGUUCUGUAACUUAGUUACUGUCACAGACUAUAACCAGUCCCUUUGUUUCUACUGAAGGCAUAAAUCUUUAAAACAGUUAAUGAUUUUCAAAAAAUAUUUCACAGUUUCCGAGGACAGCAGGGCACUGUAGUAUUUAUCAAAUGCCCCAUGAACAGGAGUGGAUGGUCCAUUUCUCUGGGUCUGUUUUCAGGCAAUGGAUUAAUACACAUUUGACAUAGUAGUUAGUACUUACAGCAGCAGGAUGGUGUGUGUGUGUGUGUGUGUGUGUGUGUGUGUGUGUGUGUGUGUGUGUGUGUGUGUGUGUGUGGCAUCGAUUCAUAAUAAGCUACAAUGCCAGUGUUGAUCAUGAUGAAAGAACGUCACCCAGCAUAACAGUGUGACUUAUUGAUUCUAAUAGUUUUUAAUAG